AUGGCUACAGUCAAGGAUUCCGCUGAUGGCGAGAAAGCUGUCAUCGAGGUGGAAGAACACGCUACAAAGGGCACAUCAGAGGAUGAGAUCGCACCGGUUACUUCAGCGUAUGCUGGCUUCACACGUGGAGCUCUGAUUCGAAAAUUCAAGCGACUCUACGUGACUGGCCUGAUGGUGGCUCUUGGAGGAGUGUACGCCGGCUAUUGCAACUCCGUGAUCGGUAGCAUCGUUGCCAACAGAGGAUUCAUCCAGGCAUUUGCAACCGUUCAUGACCCCAAGACUGGCAAACUCGUCCUCGACGCACAGCAUGUGUCCAUAUGGGCCGCCGUGAACUAUGCCUCACAAAUUACUUUUCAAUUCAUCUCCCCCUUCACGGCCGAUCGGUUUGGUCGCAAGUUCAACAUGUGGGUGUUCACCUUCUUCCUGACUCUGUCCAUCAUACUUGCGAUCGUUGCACAAAACUAUAUUGUCCUCGCACUCUCCCGUGUCGCAGGUGGAUGUGCAAGUGGCAUGAUCUCUACAGCUUGUAUGGUCUACAUGUCUGAGAUUGCUCUGCCCCAGUUUCGUGGUGCCAUGCUGGGUGCCUUCUCACUUGCUUUCGCCCUCGGACAGGUCUUUUUGGCGAUCGGCCUCAAGACGCUCGACGUCACAGCUCCCUAUCAAUUCCGUCGCAUGUUCUAUUCGGAAUUCGUGUUCUUUGGUCUUUGGUUGGUUCCAGUGAUCUAUCUUCCUGAGACUCCUGCAUGGUAUGCGACAAAAGGGAGACAUGAAGAAGGAAAGAAAGCCCUGCACAAGCUGGUCGGUAACGUCGAAGGCUAUGAUCUCGAUCGUGAGUAUGGAGUCGUUCGAUUCGAGGCCGAGAAGUCGAUUGCCCUUGCUAAAUCCCACGGUAACUCCGACUGGAGCGCCCUUUUCACCAAGAACAACAUCAAACGAAUCAUCGUGGCAACCCUACCUUUCACCUUCCAGAAUUUUGUCGGUGUUGCUCUGAUAUUCGGGUUCACCACCUACUUUUUUCAACUGGCGAAUCUCAAGGAUCCCUUCCUCGGAAAAAUCAUAAUCCAACUCGUUCUUCUCACCGGAUUAGUCGUAUCAUUCUACUUCGUUGAUAAGGUCGGUCGGCGAAAGUUGGUCAUCUGGGGUGGAGUAGUCCUGGGCAUUAUCUGCUUCAUCGUUGGCGGCCUAGGCUUCCGGGAGCAAACCAGUGCCUCGGGCGUAGGAUUGAUUGUACUCUGUGCAGUCUGGGCCUUUGUCUACGCCAAUUCUAUGGCUCCAAUUGGCUGGAUUUCUCUCGUCGAAGUAUCAAGCCCUCAGCUUCGUGCAAAGACUACUGCCUGCGCUGCCAUUAUACAGGCUUGUACGGGAUUGAUCUUCUCGUACACGGUCCCAAUCAUGCUUUCUAACCAAGGGGCGGGUUGGGGACAGAAGAUUGGUCUAUUCUUUGGCGGAAUCACCUUCGUAUACCUAUUACCCGUUAUUUUCUUCUAUCCGGAGACCAAGAACCGUACGUAUGAAGAGCUAGACGAGCUGUUUGAGCGUGGUAUCCCCGCCUGGAAAUUCGAAACCACAAAGACAAGACAUCAGACGGCAGUUGCGGCUGAGAGAACUCACGAGCCGUGA